GUCUAAAAUUUCUCGCCGAGCUUCCCGCAAGAAAAUCCAUUUCGCACACGGGCACUUCCGAAUUCCGAGUCUUUCACCUCCUACCUUACACCUCCACGCCAAAAUCCCUCCCUUCGUGUACUCAAAGCAGAGAAAUCAUGGGACAGUCAGUAUCUACAUCCAAAUCCACUGGCGGCGCCCAAUGCCCAGUAGACCAUAAUUCUCUAAAACCCGCUUCAUGUCCAGUAGAUCACAAUUCACUCAAAACCUCUUCCCAGACCCCAGCCCAAUGCCCUGUCGAUCAUCAAAAUAAAUCUCCUUCCUCUUCCUCUUCCUCCACACAAAAACCCGCCGAAUGUCCCGUUGACCACAGCUCUCUCAACCAAAUGCCCACUCUCUCUCAACAACCCUCACCAAACCAAACCAUAACCCUCCCCACUGCUCGCACAGAAUCCUCCAUCCUCCGAGACGGGUCUACAAAAUGGGACUAUCCCUCUCCACAACAAUUCUACAACGCUCUAGUGAGGAAAGGAUGGGAAACGCCUGAAGAGCAUAUCGAGACGAUGGUUGAGAUACAUAAUUUCUUGAACGAGCAGGCGUGGCAGGAGGUUUUGAAGUGGGAGAAACGCGCGACGGAUAAUACCGCAGAUGUACAGUUAGCCCGAUUCAAAGGUCGCCCAGGCGAAUUAUCACCAAAAGCUCGGUUCUGGCUCCUCGCUGGUUGGCUAUUCCCCUCUCGUUUCAACACCGAACCCCCCUUCGAUCGCCAUGACUGGAUCGUCCGGCGUCCAGGUUCUGGCGAAGAAGUGCGAUAUGUUAUAGACUAUUACUCCGCCCCUCCAGAACCUGACGGUUCACCCGUCUUCUCAUUGGACGUCCGCCCUGCGCUGGAUAGUUUCGCUAGUAUGAAAGAGCGUAUUGCGUUGGCAACGGAGGAGGUUUGGGCGGAUUUCCGAGAGACUAAAUCUUCUUAGGUUACUUAGAUUGGUCAGCACCCGAGCUCAAGCCCAGGAAGGGAGGGUACAUAGCUCUGAACUCCGAAGUUUUUUUGCGCGUCAUCAUAAUCCAUAGUUCAUUGCCUGGUAUUGGAUAACUUUACUCAACUCAACUGUAAUCAGGACAUCGAAAUUAUUACUACCAAGGUUCUACGAUACAAUUAACAACUGAUUUGAUUCUUUC